AUGUUGGACGACUUGUCGGUGAUAAUAGUCAACGGACCACUCACCUUUCUCAACAUCUUUGCAAACAUAUUUUUUGCCUUCUGCAUGCUCUGUCCACCGCACGGCAGAGAGGGACUCAAACAGCCUGUGAAGUUACUCCUGGGAUCUAUGGUAUUCUGUACCACUGUCUAUCUGGUCUCUCUCAUUGCAGCACAAUGCUUGUGGAUGGUCUCUGCCAGUUCUGAGUUUUUCUAUGCUGCUUAUCUAAUAAUGGUGUACAUGGCAUCAACCAGCAUGUCAACCUCUGUCUGGCUGAAUUUCUUCUACUACACCCAGAUCGUCCCUGCCCAGCGAGCUCUCUUCACCUGGGUGAAGAGGAACAUCAAAAGCAUCAUCUACUGGGGCCUAUUUGGCGACAGGAUGUUAUUUUUGUUUCAAUUUGCUUUUAGGGCUGCAGGAGAAUUUUAUUCCUCAGAAGAAUGGCCUACUAAUAGCACAGGUUUCACAUCAACGAAUGGCACUGCUAAUGUCUCUCCCAAAAAGGUGGUGCUUAAAAACACAAACUAAUGCCACACCAGGGUGUUGUAGUGGAUGAACAUAUGGAGGACAUAUUUACUUCACAUAACAUAAUUCAAUUGGACGAUGAUACUCAAACAUAUUAAAAUGUUCCCCCUGGGAGCCUUACACUUUAAACAUAAUGUUCUUAAUUUAAUGACUGACACAUUUAAAGUGUUAUAAUAAUAAUAUGCCAUUUAGCAGACGCUUUUAUCCAAAGCGACUUACAGUCAUGCGUGCAUACAUUUUUUGUGUAUGGGUGGUCCCGGGGAUCGAACCCACUACCCUGGCGUUACAAGCGCCAUGCUCUACCAAUUGAGCUACAGAGGACCACGUUGGGUUGGGUAUUGGGUUAAGUGUUCAUUUAAAACUAUUUCAGAUGGGUUCAUGUAACACAGUGAGAGUUAAACAUUACUAAAGAGGAUUGGCUGUGUAUAUAUCAUGGUAACACUUGGAGUUAAACAUCACUAAAGAGGUUUGGCUGUCUAUAUCAUGGUAACACUGGGAGUUAAACAUCACUAAAGAGGAUUGGCUGUGUGUAUUUGUAUUUGUAUUUAUUGUGGCAGCAGCUACUCUUCCUGUGGUCCAGCAAAAAUGAAGGCGGUAAUAUACAUUAUAAACAUUCAAAUACAUUUUUAGUCAUUUAGCAGACGCUCUUAUCCAGAGCGACUUACAGUUAGUGAGUGCACACAUGAUUUUUUUUAUAUACUGGCCCCCCAUGGGAAUCAAACCCACAACCCUGGCGUUGCAAACACCAUGCUCCACCAACUGAGCUACAUCCCUGCCGGCCAUUCCCUCCCCUGGACGACGCAGGGCCAAUUGUGCGCCGCCCCAUGGGUCUGCCAGUCGCAGCCGGCUACGACAGAGCCUGGAUUAGAACCAGGAUCUCUAGUGGCACAGCUAGCUCUGCGAUGCAGUGCCUUAGACCACUGCACCACUCGGGAGGCGAUACCUUAAGUGUGUGCCCUCAGGCCACUACUCUACUACAACCAACAAUCCAGGUGUACGUGUGUUUAUAGUGUGUAUGUUAUGUGUGUUUGUAUGCGUGUGUUUGUGCCUGUGUGUGUGACUCUUCACAGUCCUCGCUGUUCCAUAAGGUGUAUUUUUAUCAGUUUUUUAAAAUCAGAUUUUACUGCUUUUGUGAGAUACUUGAUGUGGAAUAGAGUUCCAUGUAGCCAUGGCUUUAUGUAGUACUGUGCACAUCCCAUAGUCUGUUCUGGACUUGGGGACUGUGAAGAGAGCUCUGGUGGCAUGUCUUGUGGGGUAUGCAUGGGUGUCCGAGUAGUGUGUGCUAGUAUUUUAAACAGACAGCUCGGUGCAUUCAACAUGUCAAUACUUCUUACAAAAACAAGUAGUGAUGAAGUCAGUCUCUCCUCUACUUUGAGCCAUGAGAGAUUGGCAUGCAUAUUUUUAAUGUUAGCUCUACGUGUACAUUUAAGGGCCAGCCGUGCUGCCCUGUUCUGGGCCAGUCUUUGUGGCACCUGACCACACGACUGGGCAGUAGUCCAGGUGCGACAAAACUAGGGCAUGUAGUUAUUGAUAUUGUUGUUAAGAAGAAGAAGUUGUCCACAUCUUAGCUACUGUUGCAUCACUACUGUAUGUUUUGACCAUAACAGUUUACAAUCCAGGGUUACUCAAAGCAGUUUAGUCUCCUCAACUUGCUCAAUUUCCACAUUAUUCAUUACAAUAUUUAGUUGAGGCUUAGAGUUUAGUGAAUGAUUUGUCCCAAAUGCUUUUAGUUUUUGAAAUAUUUAGGACUAACUUAUUUCUUGCCACCCAUUCUGAAACUGACUGCAGUUCUUUGUUAAGUGUUGCAGUGAUUUCACUCGCUGUAGUAGCUGACGUGUAUAGUGUUGAGUCAUCGACAUACAUAGACACACAGGCUUUACUCAGAGCCAGUGGCAGGUCAUUAGUAAAGAUCUACAAAAGUAAGGGGCCUAGACAGCUGCCGUGGGGAAUGCCUGAUUCUACCUGUAUUAUGUUGGAGAGGCUACCAUUAAAGAACACCCUCUGUGAUCUGUUAGAUAGGUAACUAUCAAUCCACAAUAUAGCAGGGGGUAUAAAGCCAUAACAUAUAUGUUUUUCCAGCAGUAUACUAUGACCGAUAAUGUCAAAAGCUGCACUGAAGUCUAACAAAACAGCUCCCGCAAUUUCAAUUAUCAAUUUCUCUCAGCCAAUCAUCAGUCAUUUGUGUAAGUGCCGUGCAUGUUGAAUGCCCUUCCCUAUAAGCGUGCUGAAAGUCUGUUGUUAAUUUAUUUACUGUAAAAUAGCAUAAUAUAUGGUCAAACACCAUUUUCCCCAAAACUUUACUAAGGGUUGGUAACAGGCUGAUUGGUCGGCUAUUUGAGCCAGUAAAGGGUGCUUUACUAUUCUUGGGUAGCAGAAUGACUUUUUGCAUUCCCUCCAGGCCUGAGGGCACACACUUUUUUGUAUUCUUAGAUUGAAGAGAUGGCAAAUAGGAGUGGCAAUAUCGUCCUCUAUCGUCCUCAGUAAUUUUCCAUUGAAGUUGUCAGACCCAGGUGGCUUGUCAUUGUUGAUAGACAACAAUACUUUUUUCAGCUCUUCCACACUCACUUUACGGAAUUCAAAAUUACAAUGCUUUUCUUUCAUAAUUUGGCCAGUUAAACCUGGAUGUGUAGGUUUGGCAUUUGUCGCUGGCAUGUUAUGCCUAAGUUUGCUAAUCUUGCCAAUGAAAAAAUCAUUAAAGUAGUUGGCAAUAUCAGUGGGUUUUGUGAUUAAUGAACCAUCUGAUUCAAUGAAUGAUGGAGCUGAGUUUGCCUUUUUGCCCAAAAUUCAUUUAUUGUGCUCCAAAGCUUUUUAUUAUAAUUCUUUAUAUAAUUUAUCUUUGUUUCAUAGUAUAGUUUCUUAUUCUUUUUGUUCUUUUUAGUCACAUGAUUUCUCAGUUUGCAGUAGGUUUGCCAAUUGGUUGUGCAGACAGACUUAUUUGCCAUUCCUUUUACCUCAACCCUCUCAACCGUAACAUUUUUUAAUUCCUCAUCAAUCCACAGGGAUUUAAUCGUUUUCACAGUCAAUUUCUUAGUGGGUGCAUGCUUAUUAGUAACUGGAGUAAGCAAUUUCAUAAAUGUGUCAAGUGCAGCGGUACAUCCUGGAAAUAGUAGAUUAUGCCACCCGGUAUCCCGAGGUCAUUCCCCUACGGGCGGCGGUCUCCAAGGGAAUUGCCUGGGAGCUGUUCCACCUCUUUAGCCUUGUGGGCAUGCCGAACGAGAUCCUGACCGACCAAGGUACCGAAUUUAUGUCCCGACUAAUUAAAUAUUUGUGUGCUCUCCUACAGAUCAAGCAGAUCCGGAUCUCCGUCUUUCACCCGCAGACGGAUGUGCUCGUCGAGCGGUUCAAUAAAACGCUCAAACAAAUGCUGCGGAAGGUCAUCGAGCAGGACAGGAAGAACUGGGACCAGCUACUUCCCCACCGAAUGUUCUCGGUCCGAGAAGUGCCCCAGUCAUCCACCAGGUUUUCCCUUUUCGAACUCCUCUACGGGUGAAGGCCACACGGCCUACUGGACCUCGCCAAGGAGGUGUGGGAAGCCCAGCCAACCCCCUUACGCAGCGUGGUAGAACACGUGGAGACAAUGAGGGAGUGGAUGACAGCCAUAUGGCCAGUUGUAAGGGAACAUAUGGAGAAGGCCCAACGCGCCCAAGCCCAGGUCUACAAUCGGGGAACCCAGCCCCGAGAAUUCCAGGUGGGAGACAAGGUACUGGUCCUAACCCCCACAGCAGAAAGUAAGUUCCUGGCAACAUGGCACGGGCCGUACGAGGUGAUAGAGAAGCUGGGACCCUUCAAUUACCAUGUAUGGCAGCCGGGGAGACGGAAACCCUAACAGAUUUACCACGUGAACCUAUUGAAGAGGUGGCACGAGAGGACAGCCUUGGCCGUGUUAUGGUCGGGACCCAGGACACCAACGGUACCAGUGGUGGUCCUGAGCAAUGAGGACCUUGACCCGGCUUAGAAGCAAAUGCUCCGGGAGCUCGUCGAUCGGAACACAGCAGUGUUUUCUGAGAAGCCGGGCCGCACGACCCUCAUUGAACACCACAUCCGCACCCGGCCCGGGAAAAUGGUACGAAAGAGGCCAUACCGGAUUCCUGAGGCCCGUAGGAAGGCUGUGAAGCAGGAAGUGGAGGCUAUGCUGAGGAUGGGGGUCGUCGAAUAGUCCCACAGCGCAUGGUGCAGCCCCAUUGUGUUGGUGCCCAAACCAAAUGGUAGCCUGCACUUCUGUAAUGACAUCCGGGGUGUGAACGACAUCUGCUUGUUCGAUGCCUACCCCAUGCCAAGGGUAGACGAGCUCAUCGACCGAUUGGGAAAGGCCCGAUAUAUCAGCACCCUCGACCUGCCCAAAGGAUAUUGGGAAGUACCGUUGACAGCCUCCUCCCGGGAGAAGAUGGCGUUUUCGACAUCGGACGGCUUAUAUCAGUACCGGGUCCUCCCAUUCGGUCUACACGGAGCCCCGCCCACGUUCUAGCGCCUGUUGGACCGAGUCCUCCGACCCCACCAACAGUACGCAGCGGCCUAUUUGGAUGAUAUCAUCAUCCACAGCCAAGGUUGGGAAGGGCACCUGACGCGCCUCCAGGCGGUGCUGGACGCACUCAGGCAAGCCGGGUUGACAGCGAACCUCAAGAAAUGUAAGCUAGGGAUCGAGGAGGUGGAGUACCUGGGGUAUUUGAUCGGACGGGCUAACGUCAAGCCCCAGGAGAGGAAGGUCCACGUGGUACGUGACUGGCCCGUUCCACGCACCAAGACACAGAUCAAGUCCUUCCUGGGACUGGCAGGAUACUACAGCCGGUUUAUCUCCAACUUUGCGGCUAUAGCCUCCCCCCUUACCGAUCUAACCAGGGCCCACCUCCCAAAAACAGUGAAAUGGACGGGCGAGACCGAAGCGGCGUUCAGGCGCCUGAAGGAAGCGCUGUGCUCCCAUCCGAUUCUCGUAACGCCUGAUUUCCAGGUACUGAUGUUGGUCCAGACGGAUGCCUGUGAAACGGGACUAGGGGCCAUCCUGUCCCAGGUACACGAUGGGGAGGAGCACCCCAUCAUGUACAUAAGCCGAAAGCUGAUACCCAGAGAAAGAAAGUACUCUAUUGUCGAGAAAGAGUGUCUAGUUGUGAAGUGGGCACUAGACAAUCUCAAGUAUUACUUGUUGGGCACCCACUUCACCCUGGUCACAGACCAUGCUCCUCUGGUCUGGAUGGCCAGGGGAAGGGACACAAACAAUCCGGUCACCAGGUGGUUCUUGUCCCUUCAACACUUAUCUUUUUCUGGGAACGCGGAUGCCCUAUCGAGAAGGGAGACAUGCGUCGCCCUAACGACAGCCCCCUCCCUGACAGGGCUAAGGGGGGGGGGGGGGGGGGGAUUCCGCAGGUUAGCCACCAGGGGGAGACUCGUCGAGGCCUGGUGGCAGACGGAGUCUACAUCACGCGGCGAUGGCUCCCUCUGCUGGACGUGCCAGGUCUAUACGGGCUCUCCGGCCAGGACUAAUUGGGGCUGAUUGGUAACAGUGGGAGUUAAACAUUACAUUUGUUUGCAAAGAUGUUUAGUAAGGUGAGUGGUCCGUUGACUAUUAUCACUAAAGAGGUUUGGCUGUGUACAUCAUGGUAACAGUGGGAGUUAAACAUCACUAAAGAGGUUUGGCUGUGUACAUCACUAAAGAGUAUUGGCUGUGUAUAUUAUGGUAACAAAAAUAAAGUAGUGUCAGGAGACUCAGGACUUUCAUGAAAGGUGGUCUAUAGUCUCCCUACUACAUUAAGUAGCUUUUAUGAAUAUUCACCUGUAAAGUUUUCUGUAUGACCUGUGGAAUGACAGCCAGACAGUGCAGGAUGUCCAUGAUGGCCCAUGCAAUGGCAUGCAGUAUUGGCCAUUUCAGUCAGUGUGCCAAAGCUGUCAGUGAGUUCAGCAGACAUCUUGCCCCCGUCACCCUCGGUCCCGCUGAGGGAGCACACGCGACAAACACACGCUUACAAUGGGAUGUGAAAUGUGAUCUACUAGCUAGUCAUCGGAGGUGCUCAUGGUUUUCUACGGGUGUAAAUGACUAGACAGCUAGACACACGACUUUGCCUCUCUAAACAAGAAUGUCACAGUUAAACUGCCUGUUUAUAGGAAGACGUUUGAUAGAACUGGGAGCUAUCUAGCAGACUUUCUAUAGACUUGAUAGAGUUGGGAGCUAGCUAGCAGACCAGCUACAGACUUGAUAGAGCUGGAAGCUAGCUAGCAGACCGGCUACAGACGUGAUAGAGCUGGAAGCUAGCUAGCAGACCAGCUACAGACUUAAUAGAGCUGGAAGCUAGCUACAUACCGGCUACAGACUUGAUAGAACUGGGAGCUAGCUAGCAGACCGGCUACAGGCUUGUGGAUAGGGGUGUGGAAGGGAAUGUUAUGGAUGCAUGUGACCACCUAGCUUGCCAAACAGGCACUUUCCCUGUACUUGACACUGUCAAAUAAAAUGUUAACAGGGUAGUUAACUCUGUGUUGUUGUGUGUUUUAAUGUCCAUUGUGGAAGUGAUCACACUUUACUUAAAAUCUACAAAUACCUAUUUAGUAUUUUAUAAAUAAGUGAACUACUUUACUUAAAGCAAACAAAAACACAUGAAUAAUGUUUCAUAGAGCAUCAUAAAUUAAGUCUGAAAGUGUAUUAUACGACACUUUAUAAUACCCUUGUGGCAUAGUGCCUUAUAAGCAUUAUGCAACCUGUGACAGAUCUAUUUUCUGAUCAGGAAGGCUAUAAUGCAUUAAGUUCUCCGGGCAUAUAAUGCACUACAGCAAUGUAUUAUGAGGAUGAUUUAACUUCUUAUAAUACAUAGUAUUAUAAGGCACUAUAUGUGUAUCAUAAGGCAUUAUAAAUGCACUUAUAAGGCAUUUAUUGUAUGUCAUUGCGUAAUAAAAAGUUUCACCCAAUGUUUUCCUUUUUGGGGUAAUGUACACCUCAAUCAUUUACAUAUGGGUAUGUGCAAUGUAAAUAGGUUGUGCUAUGUUUGAGUUGGUUUUCCUGGUGUCUCAGACAACUGGCUGGGAUGGGGUGUCCAGCAUUUGAACACUAGACGCUGAGAGAGAAGAUAGGCUGUCCCUGCACACAUAAACCUCUUCAAAAAUGACACGUAUAAUGAUGGACAACUUGUCGGUGAUAAUAGUCAACGGACCACUCACCUUACUAAACAUCUUUGCAAACAUAUUUUUUGCUUCCUGCAUGCUCUGUCCACCGCACGGCAGAGAGGGACUCAAACAGCCUGUGAAGUUACUCCUGGGAUCUAUGGUAUUCUGUACCACUGUCUACCUGGUCUCUCUCAUUGCAGCACAAUGCUUGUGGAUGGUCUCUGCCAGUUCUGAGUUUUUCUAUGUUGCUUAUCUAAUAAUGGUGUACAUGGCAUCAACCAGCAUGUCAACCUCUGUCUGGCUGAAUUUCUUCUACUACACCCAGAUCGUCCCUGCCCAGCGAGCUCUCUUCACCUGGGUGAAGAGGAACAUCAAAAGCAUCAUCUACUGGGGCCUAUUUGGCGACAGGAUGUUCUUUAUGUUUCAAUUUGCUGUUAGGGCUGCAGGAGAAUUUUAUUCCUCAGAAGAAUGGUCUACUAAUAGCGCAGGUUUCACAUCAACAAAUGGCACUUCUAAUGUCUCUCCCAAAAAGGUGCUGCUUAAUAACACAACCACAUCAACUAAUGCCACUCCAAAAGAUGAUGCUGCCUCUCCAAAAGUCGUCCUGCUUUACACAUCAACAGCAAGUCUGUUUUUGGAAAUGAUCUACGUCUUUUUUUGCGUUUGUGUGAUGGUGGGGUCGAGCUGUGCCACGGUGCGUUACCUGCACAGACACAUGAAGAGCAUGAAAGAGAGCGGCAGCCCCUUCUCCUCUACCCGUCUCCACAGUCAGAUGAGGGUCACCAUCGCCGGUAUCCUGCAGGGAAUGAUCUACUUCUUUACAGCAGUGUGGAUUUUCCUUCAUUACUUAGGCAACGUUCUUUCCUCUACAUACUUUGACAAUAAAACCUUGUACACAGUUAUCUCUCUCUACAUGUUCAGCACCACUUUAAACCUGGGCAUCGGUCAGGUUGUUUUCCGACAGAGGGCAGCUGAUAUUUGGCUCAAAGCCCAACAGGCUGUAAAAUCAUUGAAGCCAUGA